AUGGUCAAGCUCCUCUUCCUCUCGGUCGCCGCCCUCGCCCUCGCCGGGCAGGCGCAGGCUCAGUGCGGCUCUGGGUCCCCCCACGCGCGCGUGACGGGGUCGGGCAGCUCCUUCACGGCCACGCGCGGGUCCAGCACCGUGUACCAGGGCGGCGACUACCGGGCGGCCAUCCAGGCCGCGCUCGACUCGGUGUCGGCCGGCCAGCGCGUGGCCGUCAUGGCGUCGGGCUCCAUCGGCGCGGGGACCAUCAGCAUCCCCGGCGGCCGGAUCCUCGAGGGCUGCGGCACCAUCAACGCCGUCUCCCGCAGCGGCCGCGGCGCCAUCGAGGCCACCGACGUCCAGGGCGUGCAGAUCCCCUACCUGACCAUGACGGGCAACCCGUACUUUGGCCUGCGCUUCUCGGGCACGCGCGACCUGACGCUGGGCGCCAUCACCAUGAACCUGAGCGGCGGGCUGGGCAUCCAACGUGGAACAUUGACGGCCUGA